AUAGUUGCCUCCCCUGAAAACUUACUCUCCACUCAGCGUCGUCGACAACAAAAAACAGAAGAAAAACAAGAGUGUUAGCUAUAGUCUAAAGGUGGGAAUGAGAAGACCAACAGAUCCUAGAUAUGACGCGGUUGAGACGUACGAUGACAAACUUGCCAACUGGACACGAAGUGAACUUCAGCUCAGUAGACUUCAUGAGGAAAUAUUGACCCAAAGAGAGGCUCUGAUGAACUACAGUAUGUCCUACACAAGAAGCCAGGACAGUCGUACUCUUCAAGGGGCAGCAGAGCGGGAACGAGCACGGUUACGGAAUGAGCAAUUUCUUCAGACCAUUGAUGAAACUGCAGACUUCCUGAAGACUGAAGCAGCCAUUCCUCCUAGCCCACGACUGACAACACUACAGAACAACUACUGGGCAAUGGUACGUAGCAUGGUUCCUAUGUAUGAGAAAAGUAUCGAGCGCCAGAACAGGAAAUCCCACAGUGACCAUGGCAGCUCAGGAACAGGGCAACGGCAGUCAAACACCAGUCUGAAAGGAAAAUCAGCAAGGCCAAGCAAGAAAAAGACAAAGAAAAUUUGAUUACAAACUGGAACAGCAGGUCUAUCAGGUUUCCUAUGGCCAAAAAUAUAAAAUAUUAAUGGCUUCACACACACCCUAAAGAUAGCUUAUGGAAGUUGUUUUAUUUGUUUUUAUUAUCUUUUAAAUUAUAUACAUGUGUACAUAUAUUUUUUGGCCUUAUUCGGUCUCAAUAUUACCAUUGAAUUAAAUUUGAGUUUGUCUGAAGCUGUGGCUUGAAUGAGAUCAGCAAGGCAGCUCAACUCCUCUUCCUAAAUUUGGACCAUAAAUGAUUUUAUGUACUGCCGUAUUAUAUAAUGUGUUCAAAGUUUGUAAUUCACAGUCCACUUUCUUUAUGUUGUUAUCAGGCAGCUUUCAGCAUCACAUGUCCGUCCAUCAAUGUUAUCAAAUUCUACUUAGUCUGAUCCCAACAACACUUAAUUCCUACCUUCAUUACAAUGGCUGUGCAAAAUAAUGUUUAAAUCAUUGUGAAUAUUUCCUUUUGUUUUUUUAAGAAUUCUCCAUAUUUUGCAAUACCGUAGUAAUAAAUACUUUCAAUCAAACUUUACUCAAAUUGGCAGCAAUUGACGACCCUUUAAUCCGUUGUUCUGUUUUACUCUGAAAAUGGCAAUAAGAUGGAAGAGAAAAACAAACUGACAAAUCCUUGACUUUUAGGGAUCCCUGUAUCACUGCAAAAAACUGUAACUAAGUGUUGGAUGAACUGUUUUUUACCAGCAGGACUAAAGCUUUAAUAAAUCGUUUCUGAAAAGAAAAUAAUACCUCACAGGACUUUUAUAAUAAAUGGUAGAGAUGAAAUCAACAAAACAUAGCCACCAACAGAGGAUAAAAUCCAGCGGUUGAAACCCUGUUAUUUCAGAAUGUUAUGUCAUCGCUCUGACCAAUUGAGCUAACUGGUCCACGGACCUGUCCUUGCCGUGAUUACUGUGCUAAGGUAAUAUUCAAAACGGUAGUUAAAAGGAGGUGACAGUAUACCGGCUAUAGGAAAAACUAGGGUACAGUGGGACAGGGAUCCUUAAGAAAUUAAUUCAACUCUGUCCUGAUGGAGAUUAAAUACUGCAUGACAGGUAGCCUGCACAGGUUUUAGAAAAUGAAUGAAAUAGAGUUAAAUGUUUGUGAUAGCUAGAUACAAUCAAACAAUUUGAAUAGGAAAAUUUAAAAUAAAUAAAUAAAGAAUUUACAAAAGUAGAAAAUAUAUUGAUAAGUUACUCUAGAGUGUUAAAUCCUCAUUAAAUCCAACAUUUUGAAUGAAUAAUUUCAUGUGAUAAAAUGGAGGGGAAAAAACCCAUGUAUAUAUAUAAUAUAUGAAUCCCUAUUUUUUUUUUAGGGAAAUCAUCAAGUUAUUUUUUUUAAUAUCAAUAUAUACUACCGUAGUAAGUUACGUAGAGUAUUUAAAAAAAUGGAUGAUUAAAUUAAGUCCAUUCAGAGCAUGGAGAUCUAGAGUAAGGAACCUAUUUUUAAGCAUUACAAAAUAUGGUAUUAUUAUGUCUUGCAUAAUAUUAAAUAAAAGAAUAUUUUCUGGCAGAUACUGGUCAGUUGGGAGCAUUUAUGAUGUAGCAAUAUAAAACAUGUCAUAAAUACAAAAAAAUGAAUCACAAUGACUUCAUUAUAAGUGUUAUUCAAAUAUAUUGAUCUUUUGACAGCUAAUCAUUUCUGGCAAGUGCAAUGUUAUUGAUUCAGAUGUAAAUAUGAACCUGUAACUAUAACAAAAAAUGUUGAAACUUCAUUGAUAAUGUAUGUCAUCACUACCUAGGCAGUGUUACUGUAAUAGCUACAUUGUGAAAGCUAGUUUUUGCAAUUUCAGGUAAGCCUUGUACAGGUCACAGUUCAAACUACAUUUCCAUAUCUUGGCAACUUAUAUUUACCCAUUUACCCCUAAAGUCACAUUUAAACCUUACCAAAGCAUAGACUGAGCAAGUCCAGUUUAAAUAUUUAGGGGGUGAAUGAGUUAAACUUAAUCACUGCCCAUUAACAUAAUUAUCAGUUUAGUGAGCUGUAUAUAUUAUUUCAAGAACAUUUUCCUCUAUGUAUGUGUUCUGUAUGGUUCAAAAUGAAUUGUAUUAAUUAAAAUUAUUAAUUAUAUAUAUUGGAUUGUAAUACACAUUUAUCUUUCUUUAUUUCAACUUCAACAAACAAAAUACAAUACACAUGUACAUGUUUUCACUAUUUAUUGCUCUCUGUAUACCAGGGUAUACAUUUCUGUUCAAUUGAACUCAGGAAGUUAAAGGGAGAUAACUUUGUGUUACUUGUGAUUAUGUAAAAAAAAAAUGCAAAUGUUUCUAAAAGAUUUUGAGUAACGACUUUCACAUUAUUGUGAUUUAUUUGAAACAGCAGGUUUUGUUAAUGAUGUAGAUUUUAUUUUCUUAAAUGAUGAAUUCUGGUAAAAGUACGAAAAUUGUUUAAUUUAAGGAUAGAUAUUACAUUGCAUAGAGUUAUUUCCCUUAUAUUUUUAGUUGACUUCGGCUCAAUACAGUUGUAUUUCUUGCUUUCUUUGAGUCACAUGCUACUGAAUAUGAAAUUAUUAUAGCUUUGGUGUCUGUAUUAACACAUGCUGCACCCCUGUAUUUUGACAGUGGACUCUGACAGCCUUUGGUUUGGAGCAUACAAAAUGUGUCAUUAGGUGUCAGUGGGUUUGAUUGUAUCAGUCCCUGAGAGUGGCUAUACAUUUUUUUGAUUGUUUUAGUAUUUGAUUUAUAUAAUAUUGUAUAUAUACAGUCUUCUCAGUUUUGUUAUUAGUUAUUAGAGAGUAUAAAUGAAAUCUUUUAUUGUUAAUAUUGAAUUUGUUUUUAAGAUGACACAAAUCAACAAAAUGUUUACGAAAAUCAGGUGAUUUAUUGUGAAGAAAAUAAGGACAUUGAAGUUAGUAAUGCUGAUAUAAAAACUGAUAAAUGGAAGUUACCCUCUCAUGACUACAGACUUAAUUUGUAUGAACCUCAUUUUCUUUUAUUAUGUCAUUCAAACAAGAUAGAGAUCUAAUCCUUAUGGAUAAAUGGCAAAAGUAAUAUAAUUUAUAAUAGAUAUUUUACAAGUUUUCCAUUUUGGUUUUACAUAUUUUCUUAAGAAAAAUGCAUGUAUGACAAUUAAUAUAAAACAUCUGUAUUUUUGUACAGGUACUUCGGGGGCUGAAAAUGAUGACUUUGCCAAGUACAUUGUAUGUUGCAUAUAUUUUAUAGGUUAAUUGCCAUCUUAAAAAUUAUACCUGUGAUUUGUGUUGGAGUUAAGGUUAUAUGCUACCUGACACAUUGUACCUAUGAUUCAUGUCAGAGUUAAGAUUAUAUGCCACCUGACACAUUAUACCUGUGAUUCAUGUCAGAGUUAAGGUUAAAUGCUACCUUACACAUUAUACCUUUGAUUUGUGUCAGAGUUAAGGUUAAAUGCUACCUUACACAUUAUACCUAUGAUUCAUGUCAGAGUUAAGGUUAUAUGCUACCUAACACAUUAUACUUGUGUUUUUUGUCAGAGGUAAGGUUAUAUGUUAUCAUACACAUUAUACCUGUGAUUUGUUUUAGACCUAUUGUUAUCUGCUACCCAACACUUUUCCUUGUUUUGUGUUAGACUAAGGUUAUAUGUUAUCUUACACAUUAUAACUGUGAUUUGUUUUAGAGCUAUUGUUAUCUGCUACCCAACACUUUUCCUUGUUUUGUGUUAGACUUAGGUUUAUAACCUUACUUACAUAUGACAUAUACAUUAUUGUGUACCUUUCAAAUGUUUCAUCAAUAUUACUUACUAAGUCCAUACAAAUAUUCAUGAAAUAUAUCUUAGUUUUAGUAUUUUAAGCAGUAUAUUAUUUCCUAUUUUUUAUUUUAUUUUUUAUUCUAAUUCACAAAUUAUUUUGCAAUGUUAAAAAUAUACAACUCUCAAAUGUUUUGAUCUAUAUUCAGAUCUAUAUCUUAAGCUCAAAUGUGAAAACAAUUUUUUAUGUGAUUUUUUGUUUACUUUAUAUGACUGUAAUAAUGUGCAUGUAUGUAUCUGCAUAAUGUUAUAAUCUACAACACUGCAAACAUGUAUGUUAUGUUCACCGCUGUUUUAUAAAUUAUGUGCAACACUAUAUUUGUUGUAGAGUACUCUAUUAUGUUAUACUAACUUGCAAUAAUUCCAUGUUAUCUUCAUAUGAAUCAUUUUAUUGAAUAAAUGUAUUUGUG